AUGUCACUAUAUCUUUUAUGGAUCGUAAUUUCGACAUUCAUUAGUUCACAGUGGAAUACAAUACGUGAGUUCACAUAUAUUCAAAAUACAAAAAAAAUUGUUUUUUUUCUUUUCUUCUAGCGAUAACUUCAACAUUUCACACAAUUUUCGUUGGUGCUCCAAUUUUCGGAACAAUUUAUAUGAUUUCUAUUAACCCAGCAUAUCUUCGACGGAUUAAAGAACUUUCAAAAUUUCAAUUCUCAUCCGAAAAUAGAGCGGAUCGUCGUAUGUUCAAAGUUUCUAUGAUAACUUCAUAG